AUGUAUUGGCCUAAUGAAACUUGUCAUGAAGGAUUGAUAGCUUUCGAUGUUUUCUUAACAGUUUACGAUGUCUCAUCAAUUUAUUCAAAUCUUAUUUAUCUCGCCGGACUUUUCGCACUAAUCUAUAGAUGUCCAGAUUAUUUCCGACGCUAUCAAAUGCUAUUAGGUUUCCAUACUUUGGUCAACAUGUUAUUUGAGAAUUAUGUCACCAACAUCUGGAAAAUUCUAGUUACCCCACCGUGGCUUAGUAUUUGUAGUUAUGGUCCAAUUUAUCAAUAUCCAGAGUAUGCUUUGGGUAUAUUUUUAACAAUUAUUGGAACAACCGCGUUCUCUAUUAUGUUGCUUUUCGAAUAUCGAAUGAGAGCGGUUCUGUCUUCGGAACAGAAACAAAUUUCACAAGUCGCCAGGUGUUUCAGAUAUUUGUUUUAUGCUUUUCAAUUAUGUGUUGUUGGCACGUAUAUGAAUGCGUAUGACAGUUUCAAAUAUCAAAAUGAUUAUAAAAAUGAGAUGAACAUGGUGCGUAGUUUUACUAAUUAAAAUUAAAAAUGCAAAAUCUGUGUUUUGCGUCAUCUAUGAUUAAUACCAAAGUUAAUGAAGUUCCUCAUUUCAAACUACAUUUUUCCGUCCCGCCGAGUAAUUGAUAUUUUAAUCAAAAAAAAACUUGAGUUAGACAUUUGGUCUUUGUAUUUUAUUUUCUUCUAAAAACUUUGGAGGGAUUGAGGUGGGCCUUAAAAAUUGGGACAGACGUUUUAGGAUUUCUGACUCCUAAAACCAGACUAUGUUGGUGAAACAGUUCCAAAAAAUGGUAGAUCACUGAAAUAGAAGCGAAACUCUACAGUAGUUUAGAUUUUUAGGGUCUCGUAGAAACAUUCCGAAAAAAAUUGUAGAUCAAAGUCUAAAUCUACAGUAACCUCAUUAUUUCCAGAUAUCCGGGCCAUUUCCAAUGUUCAUUUAUUGCGACAAUUGCAUUUUAUUCAACUUUGACUCCAAAAAAUGCAUAAUUUUCGUGGUAACCGCAAUUCUUUCCACAUCAAUUGCUGUAAACACAAUUCUCCUAAUGGCCUGGAUUUCGUACAGUGGCCUAACUUCUCAUCAUACCGUAUUCUCGAAAAGAACUAUGCUCCUACAACGAUCAUUUUUGAGCAGUUUAUUCAUUCAAAUCACAGUUCAUUUAGGUUUAUUAGCUUUUCCUAUAUUAUUUUUCUUCGCCGCGUUUUUAAUGAAAUUAACCAUGGAAAAAUGGCAAGGUAUUUUUGAAUUUCGAAUUUUUUUAUUGUAGAAAAUUUUAUAUUUCAGUGUUCACUCACAUCCUUGCACUUUUAUUUGCACAACACGGAUCAUUUUCCACGCUGGCAAUGUUGAUCUCAAAUAAACAGUUACGACGGAAUUGUGAGUUUUUGUCAAAUUUUUUUUAUUUCAUAAAUCAGAUAUAGUCAUAUUUUUCUAGUGUUCUCAUUUGUCCUACGUCUUCGCCGGAAAUUCAGCAAACAUGCUGGAAAUUCGGAGAUGGAGAAAAACACAUCAUCGCUAGCUCUUCAACAUUAUCCAACUAUAACGAGAGUUAUCUAG